AUGCGAUGCUCCCUGAAGCGCUCCCUCACAGCUGCGCUUGCAGCCGCCUUCGUCGUCCUCCUCCUCCUCCUCCGUGGGGGCAGCUGGCAGGAACAGGAUCCCCUGCAGGUGGAGCUUAGGGGCUUGGCCCCAGCCACGGUCCUGCAGAUGCUGCAGCCGGAAGGAGCCCAGCGCAUCCUCAGGGACACGGAUGACCUCUCUGCACUCCACAAUGUCUCCUACCACCUCCUCGCUGGCUUCUUGUCACCCCACAAAAAAUUCUUGACGGUGGGAUUGGCAUCAGUGCGGCGGCCACGUGGCUACUACCUGGCCACACUCCAGUCCCUCUUCAAGCAGUCAACGGAGGAGGAGCUGCAGGAGAUGGUGGUGGUGGUGCACCUGGCCGACACGGACCCCAGAUGGAACAUGGACGUGGCUGCCAACAUCGCCCACAAGUUUGCUCACCACAUCCUCCUGGGCCGGCUCCUGCUUAUCCACGCUCCCCAGGAGUUUUACCCCACCCUGGAGGGCCUCAAGAGAAACUACAACGAUCCAGAGGAGCGGGUGAGGUUCAGGUCCAAGCAGAACGUGGACUAUGCCUUCCUCUUCGCCUUCGCUGCCAACCUCUCCUCCUACUACUUGAUGAUCGAGGACGAUGUGUUGUGCGCCAAGUCCUUCUUGACGGCCAUCCGCAAGGCACUGGCUUCCCAGGAAGGCUCCAACUGGGCCACCCUUGAGUUCUCCAAGCUGGGCUACAUCGGUAAGCUCUACCGCUCCAGUGACCUUCCUCGCCUGGCUCGUUUCCUCCUCCUCUUCUACCAGGAGAUGCCCUGCGACUGGCUGCUGGCCCACUUCCGCCUCCUGCUCACCCAGAAGGACGUCAUCCGCUUCAAGCCCUCCCUCUUCCAGCACAUGGGCCUCUACUCCUCCUUCCAGGGCACCGUCAACCGGCUGGAGGACGAUGAGUUCGAGGCCAAUGCCUUGGACCUUCCGGACAACCCGCCAGCAGCCUUGUUCACCAGCAUGUCUGUCUUUGAGAACUACGAGCCCCUCAAGGCUUACAGCACAGCAGAGGGGUAUUUUUGGGGGAAAGACCCAGCAGCUGGCAGCGUCUUCUCCAUCAUCUUCCAGCAGCCGGCCCACAUCACCCGUGUCCGAGUGCGCACAGGCUCCAACGAGCGCCAGGGUGAUUUCCUGCAUGCUGGGGUGCUGGAGCUGGGCUGGCAGCGGCAGGCUGAUGGCCGGGACUGCUCUGCCUACACGACUGUGGGCACCUUCAAGAAGGGGACCUUUGAGCAGCAGGGGCUGGAGAGGGGCAUGCCCAGCCCCGUGGAGUGCGUGAGGAUCCGAGUAACCCAGGACCAGAGCGAGUGGCUCAUCAUCCAGAGCAUCGACAUCUGGACCACAGCAGGCACCUGACCACGGAAGUGGCAGCUUGCCAAAGCGGCUGGAUUUUGUCCUAAGAGGUCUUUUAUUU